AGACGGUGUCGUGAAGGCCUCGCCUCCAGUCAGGGAAAGAUCGUGCUGGUGCGACGAUGUCGUCCAUGGAAGGAUAUAUUAACAGAAGUUUUUGAAAGGAGAAGACCCUAGAUCACAAUGGGACGUCUCAGGAUUGCCUAUGUUUCAGUGAUAUUUCUUGGCACGUUGUAUUCCUUGGGCCUGCUGCUGGUGGUUGAUAUCACAAGAAAAUCGAAUGUGUUGAAUACUGAGCACUUGUGUCUUCAAACAAGAACUAAACAUACAGAGGAUAUACAGAAAUUAAAUGACAACCAGCUUGUCCAUUCCAGAGACGAGGUCACACUCUUGGUGGACAUGUUUCGUCAGAAAGUAGCAACUCUGAAGCAGAAGAAGAUUUGGUCAGAGUUGCCUCCCUUUCCACGGUGUACAGGCAAGGAAAAGAAAGCAUUGGACAUGUGCAAUGAUACAGCUGCCUGCAAACACCCGCUUCCGGCGGCUGACAGUCUAGAAAACAUCCGCAAUAUUCUUACACCUGUAACCAAACUACAAGAGGGGGCACUGGGAAGGAUAAAGGAUGUUUUCAACAUACAGGAGAGGAGGAAAUAUGCUUUUGUCACGGCAGCGUCAGCGGAUCACUUUGAUGAAUCCCAGGAGAUGAUCAUGACUCUGGACAAAUACAUUUUCCCUCAUUUGAGCAACUACUCCUUCUAUUAUUACGACAUGGGGCUGAACAGAAGUCAGGUCAAACUGCUGGAGAAAUAUGGAAGGGCUGAAAUAAAACGAUACCCGUUUAAUUUGCUGCCUGAUCGGUUUUCCUACUUGAAGUGUUACACGUGGAAGCCAAUCGUUAUGCAGGCUCAUUUUGACAAUGCUGAGUACACAGUUUGGUUGGACGCCUCUUCACGAUUCGACAAAGGAAAUCCCCGAGAAAUGUUCAACUUGCUGAAGGAAACAGGUGUGCUUAUGUCACCAUGGCCAUACCCAUUUGCACAACAUUGUUCAAAGCACAUGUUUUCCUACUUCAACACUGAACCAUGCCACUUUUCAGUUUACCACGAAUCUGAAAGCGGUUUUAUAAUGUUACACAACCAGCCAUUUACAAGACGUCUAAUAAUGGACCCGUGGGUGGCGUGCGCCGUGGACCCAAACUGUAUGUGUCAUCCAGGGGCACAACAACUAUAUUGGUGUUCAUUUCGCACCAGGAAGUAUGGGAAAUGUCACCGGUAUGAUCAGUCAGCCAUAAAUUUGAUUCUUCUACAGAUGUUCAGAAGGAAUAUAGAUUCUGUGCAAAUCCCGAAAAAGAAAUAUGCACAUGUGUCCAGGAAGAAAGGACUUUUGUACCUUAAAGACCUCCACAGGACCACGCCCAGUAACAAGUAAACCGUCAACACAAAAGUACUACACGGCUUCAAAGCUGUAGUUAGACAUUGCAAACGAGGAAAAGGUCAAAUGCCCGUUGCUGGAGACAGAACAAGCACUUCUAGCACUACAAUAUACUGGAAGGAGCGGUGGAGUAGCCUAGUGGGUAAAGCGUUCGCUCGUCACGCCGAAGACCUGGGUUCGAUUCCCCACAUGGGUACAUAUGUGAAGCCCAUUUCUGGUGUUUCUUGCUGGGAUAUUGCUGGAUUAUUUCUAAAAGCGGCGUAAAACCAUACUCACUAUACUGGACGACAAGGCUUUCCCUUUACAUUGGGAAAGAACAGGGUACAAAUACUUUUUCCAUAUGUGGAGUGAUUGCUGAUUCAAGAAAUUGUAAAGGUCUCAACAGAUGUGGAUCUCUUUUUAUUGUUUUUAUCAUUGUUUAACGUCACAUUCAGAAAUAUUCAACCCAUAUGACGGCUGUAAAUAAUCGAGUCC